AUGGACCGAAGGAUGAGGUUUUGGGAUGUUGCACUAAUAGUAAUGGUAUGCAUGAGUGUAACAGUGACAAAGUCAAACGGUGCGCGUCCUUUGAACAACCAACUUCAAGAAGGGACAGGGGUAAAAUGGGCUUUCCUAGUUGCUGGUUCUAGAGGUUAUGGAAAUUAUAGGCACCAAGCUGAUGUAUGUCAUGCCUAUCAAGUAUUAAAAAGUGGGGGUCUUAAAGAUGAAAAUAUCAUUGUUAUGAUGUAUGAUGAUAUCGCCGAUAGUAUAGAAAAUCCAAUCCCUGGCGCUAUAAUUAAUCAACCAGAUGGGCCAGAUGUUUUUCAGGGCGUUCCUUUGGAUUAUACAGGACUGGAUGCAAAUAUAAACAAUUUUUACGCAGUGCUUAGAGGCUACAAAAGUGGUCUUAUUGGAGGUAGCGGUAAGGUACUCAAUAGUAAGCCUGAAGAUACCGUAUUCAUUUACAUUGCUAGUCAUGGUAACAAAGGGAUAAUAGGAUUGCCAGAUGACAACCUUAUAUAUGCCGACCAGUUCUUAGAGAGAUUGAAAAUCAAUUACAAAAAAAUGGUGAUAUACAUAGAAUCAUGUAACGCUGGGAGCAUGUUUGAAGGGCUUCUUCGAGAUGAUCUAAAUAUUUAUGCAACCACAUCUUCCAAUUCAGAUGAGAAUAGUCAUGCGUUUUACUGUCCAGGUGGAAUAAUGCCUCCACCGCCUACUUAUACAGUUUGUUUGGGUGAUUUGUACAGUAUUUCUUGGUUGGAAUUCAGUGACUUUUAUGAUAGGGCAAACAAAACUUUGCAUGACCAAUAUGAUGUUGUAAGUCGUUCAAUCAACUCUAUACAUACAUAUUAUAUGUCUCACGUGAUGCCAUACGGAAAUAUGACUAUGAAUGAGGAUUUACUUGAAACAUAUCUUGGACGUGCUAAACCAGCUAGAGCUAAUGAUAACUACCAUUUCAAUAGAACUACAACUCAUGAGCAUUCCAAUAAACGAUUUAAUACGACAACAAGAUUGGUCAGCCAACAAGAUGCUCAUUUACUUUAUCUGAAUCUUAAGGUGAUAUACAUAGAAUCAUGUAACGCUGGGAGCAUGUUUGAAGGGCUUCUUCGAGAUGAUCUAAAUAUUUAUGCAACCACAUCUUCCAAUUCAGAUGAGAAUAGUCAUGCGUUUUACUGUCCAGGUGGAAUAAUGCCUCCACCGCCUUAUUAUAACGUUUGUUUGGGUGAUUUGUACAGUAUUUCUUGGUUGGAAUUCAGUGACUUUUAUGAUAGGGCAAACAAAACUUUGCAUGACCAAUAUGAUGUUACGUGGUUUAGAACACUUUUUACUGGUGAAGAGUAUAUGUCUCACGUGAUGCCAUACGGAAAUAUGACUAUGAAUGAGGAUUUACUUGAAACAUAUCUUGGACGUGCUAAACCAGCUAGAGCUAAUGAUAACUACCAUUUCAAUAGAACUACAACUCAUGAGCAUUCCAAUAAACGAUUUAAUACGACAACAAGAUUGGUCAGCCAACAAGAUGCUCAUUUACUUUAUCUGAAUCUUAAGUUGGAAAAGGCACCAGAUGAUUCCAUGGAUAAGUCAAAAGCUCAAAUUGAGUUAGAUGAUGAAAUUUCUCAUAGAAAACAUGACGACCAGAGUGUAUAUCUCAUAUGGAAACUUUUGUUUGGAGAAGACACACCCUCUACUAUGAUGGCAAAUCUUCGUUCAGUCGGUCAACCUCUUGUCGAUGAUUGGGAUUGUCUUAGAAUGCUUAAAAAUACAUACGAACAUCAUUGUGGUGUCUUAUCACAUUAUGGAUUAAAAUACAUGCAAGCCUUUGCUAACAUGUGCAAUGAUGGCAUUUCCAAGAAGCAAAUGAUUGCAGCAGCAUCUCAAGCUUGUCAUGUGAAGAACGAUGUUCCUUAA